AUGUCUUCUCUCCCUCAACUUCCUGCAAAACAUUCCGACUUUCUCUGUUACAUCAAGGCGAACUCCAAUACCCCCAUCAAUGAGCUGCUCAAACCGUACAAUGAGUACGACUCAGCUUUACGUCAGAUUUUUGCCCAGGAGCCUUCUAAUCCCAUCUUGAGGGACAAUCACGUCAAUGUUGUCCCUUUGUAUGGAGCUGAUGGUGUUGCCGAUCUCCGUGUUCAGGCCCGGGACCUCGACUCCGAGCCGCAGGAACUCACUGACAAGUAUCUUCUGCCCCUGAAAGACGAGGAUAGGAGACCCAAUGGCUCCCCGGCCGUCGUCACAUCGUUCAAAGAAUUCCAGACCAACUUCAACCUCUUCUCUGAGAGUUCUCUGAGCGACCUUGACUGGAGCAAUGUCAUUGCUGCGGGAAGUUCCGUGGUGACAGCGCUGCUCCCUGUGCCAGACGAAUACAAGGAAUCUAAACGGCAACUUCGUCAUUUCUAUCACGAAAAGUUCGCUCCUGCAUCUGACGUGGACCUGUUCAUUUACGGGCUAAACGAGGAGCAGACAAUCGAGAAGAUCAAGCAGAUUGAGCAGAAGAUCAAGGACUCCAUCUUAUAUGAGACGACUUCCAUCAGGACGAAAAAUACUAUUACCAUUGUCUCCCAGUAUCCCACUCGCCAUGUCCAAGUGGUUUUACGCAUAUACAAGUCCCUUGCAGAAGUUAUCACCGGUUUCGAUGUUGAUUGCUCUUGUGUGGCAUACGAUGGCAAGAACGUCUACGCGGCCCCUCGUGCAAUUGCUGCGCUUAUCACACAGACGAACCAGAUUGAUCUAACGAGACGUUCACCUUCUUAUGAAAACCGUCUGUCAAAGUACUCUCAUCGUGGAUUUGAAGUGUUUUGGCCUCAGCUCGAUAGAUCCCGCAUUGAUCCUUUGCCAACGUCGAGGGAUCGAGAGGAGUAUACGCAAAAGAGACGUGAGGAGCGAGGUCGUCCUCCUUCAUACACUAGUUCCUACCGGAGUAUACGAAAGUUAAGGGGUAAUAUCAAAAACGACUGGGAGGACGAAGUGGCAGAAUGGGUGGAUGAAGAGGAAAUAUCCGAUUAUCAUACAAUCACAAUCCCAUAUGGUGAAAAGUUCCAUGCAAGGAAGAUUGAAAAGCUUCUAUAUACCCAUGAUCUGCUUUUAAACGCUGAAUGGAAUAACCAAGAGCGUGAGGUUGCACUUCAUCGACAUCCAGUGUUCUUUGGUGAUGUCGAGGACAUCAUUCAUGACUGCUGUGGCUCAUGUCCUAAGCCCUCGACCCCUGAAGAGGAAGAGGUAUGGGAAAAGGAGAGUAAGGUCUACAUCUCGGGUGAAGUCACGUUUAUCAAAGAUGACCCAGGUCGACAAGCAAUCGGAAGUUUCAACCCGAUUACUGAAACAGACUGGACUGAAAUGGCCUACAUCGGCAAUACUGCUCGACUAUUCCAGGCUAUUGCCGAUAAUGAUAUUGAAACCGUACGUGAAUGGCUUUCAAGGGAUGGUGCUGAUCCAAACCGCCGUGAUCACACUGGAAGAGCCCCUCUGCAUUUAGCAACCAUGGUUUCUACUCCGGAGAUCGUACAGUGCCUUGUUGACCAUGGAGCGCGAUUAAUCGCACGUCUUGCAGACGGGCGCAUGGCUUUACAUCUCGCAGCGGAGCGCGGGAGUGUUGACAUUGUUCGCAUUCUACUCCACAAGAGCGAGGAGAAUGAAGAAGCAGAAGAAGAGAAAAAAGACCAGCAACGUGCGACAAAGAAAAAUACUCAAGCCGAAACUGAAGAUGUUGACAUGACUGACCCUGAUAACAUGGUGGUUGUUAAUGAAGACCCUGAGGACUCUGACGAGGAUAAAAUGUCCUUGAUAACAGGCUCCUUCGUUGACGUUAAAAAGCAAGAUGUUAAAAUGGAUAACGAGGAAACCAUUCCCGGUGACAUUGACGAAUCUGAGCCGGAUAUCAUAGAUAUCAACGCCGUUGCUUGGGACUGUCAUGCAACCCCCUUGCAUCUUGCCAUAGUCCAUGGUCAUGCAGAAGUUGUGAAGGAGCUUGUUUCCUCUUUUGGAGCAGAUGUUCUUCUUCCAAUAAAGCUUCCUAAGAUCAGCCAUCUGGACCCAGGGGCGAUUCUCCCCUUAACUCUACCCCUGAAACUGUCCCAAGAUCAGGCUGUUACCAUGAUUGAGACUCUCCUGAAGCUUGGUGCCACUCCGGCACAAGCCGAUUUAACAGGAAGAACUCCUUUACACUACUUCGCUGCCCGCCGCCGUCCAGCGCUCUUUGAUGUCCUUAUGAAGCAUGAUCCGUCUGCUGUCAAAAGGGCAAUAGAUCACUUAGCCGUCGAAGAUGUCUCCUAUAGAGCCUAUGCCGAAUCUGUCUUAACUGUUGCCGUGGACUCGAGGCACCCUGAUAUUGUCGAGAAACUCCUUAGCCUCGGGGCGCCUCCAGAUAUCAACUUUAGCAAGUAUAUACAGAUUGCUAUUCGCCAGUGUGAGUGGCUGAAGACCCGUGAUGCCGAUGCCAACCUCAAUUGUUUCCAACAAAACGUUAUACAGCCAAUUGUAGCUGCUACCGUGACAGAUCAACCCUUGGUUGCCCUAAAAUUGCUUCAAAAUGGAGUGGAUCCAAACACAUUAUCGACCUUUGGAUAUACUAUACUUUCGGAGAAGCAUGCUAGCAACCCCGGUGAGUCAUUAUUGGACCUCGUUGAUGCAAAAAUUUGCCUUCUACAGGACUAUAAAGAAUCUUGCAAGAAUAUACCACCAACUCCAUUGCAAAGUGACGAGGUAUAUCUGGCUGAAUAUCCUGAGGGCAGCUAUCAGCUUUGCUUUGCCAGAGAGCGUCUUGAGAGAGAAAAAGCUUCUUUCAAGAGGCGACAGGAAGAAUAUGAGAAGGCAAUUAAAGAGGCUAAGAACCGCAAAGGUUUGGAAGAAAAGAGCGAUGCCAUUACCGCCCUCCUACAAGAUUUCCAAGCACUUCACUCGGCUUUGGUCACGAAGGAAGCAAAAACAUUCAAGGAGCUACAUCCAGAUGCCAUUUGCAUCAACUACCGGCAGCCUAGGGUAUUUACACCGGGGAAACCUGGGGAAUUCAAGAUCGACUUCAAUUUCAAUGUGGCUGAUCUUUCCGGCGGGAGGAAGGAAGGUUACAUAAAACUAUUUGAAGCUGCAUGGUCUGGUGAUAUAGAGACCAUUAAGUCCCUAACGCUCGGCAUGUGGGGUCCCGAUAAGCAAAUGUCUCCUCUCGUAAUCUCCGUGAACGAAAGCAUGGGAGCUUCUCCAUUUUCGAUAGCUGUCCUCAGGGGUCAUUUUGAUGUUGCAAAGGCCAUUCUUCAAAUUGUUCGAGCGCAGUACAAACCAAAGACUGUUACCCGACAGACAUAUCAUAUGCAAUCUGACGAUGAGGAUGAAUCUGAUGCGGGAGAGUCGCAGGAAGAAGAUGGGCUUCAGAUCACUGGUGAGGGUGUUUGUGAUGAACUUACCAUUGACAACAUUGGCGAAGUUGCAACACAGGCAGAAAGCAACGUUUCACCGCUCGAUGUCCUUCAACGGAGUUGCCGAGCCAGCCUUAUUGCAGACCCCAACGCCGCUGAGCAUUCUUUGAGCCAUAUAAACCUUUUCAAUUUUGCCGUUGAGCAGGACAAUAUUGAAUUGCUGCGGUUCUUGCUGGAUCUUGGACAAUCUGAAAUCGUUAGUAGUGCCUUUGAUAGCCCUUACGAAUUGCUCUCCAGCACAAAUUUCAACGAUGCCCUAAGAGACGGACAGCCACGAUGCAUUGCCUUGAUCAUUAGCCGGACUGGAGCUCACCUACCACUGGACAAGUUUGUGGAAGAGGGUGGAAUCACUAUCAAGCAAAAGCCAAAGUAUUAUCAAGGUCUGUCAAUUCACGGGAAGAAGCGCGAGGACUGGGCUGCAGCUGCAGGCCAAGAUGCCCCUUCACGCAUAAGCAGCGAAUCGGACAUACCACUUCUCCGCGCUGCUCUGGCUGGCAGUCUGGUCAAUGUCGAAUGGUUUCUCGGCACUGCCCCCAAGAGACAUUAUAUGGAGUUUGCAAACUCCAACAAACAGGAUAAGCGGCUAAGAAAGCUAUCACAACUGCCCGGCGGAGUAGAAAAAUUCAUUGAAAAAUGGCUUAGCUCAAGAAAUGACUUGCUCCUGCAUUGUGCCAUUAUGGGCAGAGAAACAGAUGAGAGCUUGGAACUGGUUAAAUAUAUUAUAGAAAACGUCCCAGGCUGUCUCGAAAGGAAAUCCUCCAAUGGAUAUACGCCUUUACUCCUUGCCUUUUCCAAACGCAGACCCCGUUUUGCUAAGGUUCUCAUUGAGGCUGGCGCCAACGUGGAGGCUCGUGAUGUGCUGGGCAAUAAUAUCCUCCAUAUACUAAACAAACCGAAUGGAUCAUACCGUUCCUUGGAUACAAAUUUAAAGGAACUCCUGGACUUGAUCGAUCCUUCGGUGGUCUCUUCACUCCUUACCUGCCGCUCGGCCGAUAACCCUGGGGCACUGACACCUUUCGCUGCUUGGGUAAAUCAUCUGAGUUCACACCAUAGAUGGGUUAGUGGCACACCCGUCCAAAUAACGAAGCUUCUCCUUGACUUUGCCAAACCAACGGGCCAAGCUCACCUUGAACUCCUCGAUGGAUCCGGAAACACGCCUCUUCACAUUGCUGUGAGGCAUAAGUUCACGCCAAUCGUCAGACUGAUGUUGGAAUGCAACCCCAAGCUUCUCACCAUAGAAAACUCAACGGGAACUACCCCUAUGGAUCUCGUGCGAGAUGGAUGGACUACCAACGCCACGACGACCUCUCCAAAGCUACCAGAGCGUACAACUGUACCCCAAUGGAGAAAACCAGAUUACUCCCCGGCCGUUUUGAGCAAGGACCCCGAAUCAUUUGUUUCCAAUACUAAGCAAGAGACAUGUGAUCAUUCUUCCCUUUACAAAUUAUGCCGUGGAAUCUGGGGCCAACUGAAUCAGAAAAAGCGGAAGCUUGUGAGUCUCCUUGAAGCUAACGAGGUUGCGAAGCGGGUGGAGAGAAGAGUGAGAUCAAGGCAUACGCACACGGGAAUUGUGAGGGUUUAUGAUAGUGAUGAUAUGGCUGGAGGUCGGCGAGCGAGACGAUACGCAAGACAUGGUGAUUCAGUAAGUGUGAGAAGCUCUGGCGAAGAGGAUGAGGUUUCAAAGUGGCAUGGCUUGUAUUAA